AUGGUUCCUGAGACAAUUAUUACGAAAUUAAAGAAGUUGAAGUUGGAGUCUAAGUCUUCAGGAGUUUUUAUAAAAGAAGUUACUGAUGAAAAGACACAAAAGAACAGGAAACACAAAGUUGUUGGGUUGUUGAAACGCUUUAAUAAGUUAAGAAUUCAUACAAUCAAAGAGCCUUCUACCAUAGCUAUAUUCCAUGAUUCACCACGAAAGGAUGCUACUGUUGAAUCGAAUACCGAGGAGACAAGCAAUCCGAAUGUUACUGUACACGCAUCUAAUGUGGAUACAAACAUCAAUUAUGUUGAACCAAUCUCCAAUUCACUUCCUGAGACAACUAAUGCUAGGGUUCGCUGCGAGAACCUGAAAAUGGCUUCUUUUGGCUCAAUUAGGUGUGAUAUAUUCGACAAGGAAGAAAAGAAACAGCAAUAUCAAGCUCACAUAUUAGGGCUCAAUGCUUACGAUCGGCACAAAAAGUUUCUGAAAGAUUAUGUUAGCUAUUAUGGAGGAGAGGGGAAGAAACAAGAAAAAUUACCAAUUAAAACUGAUCAAGACACUCUUAGAGAAGGUUAUCGGUUUAUACGCUCUGAAGAAGAUGAUAUGGACUUUUCAUGGGAACAAAGGCUGGUGAAACGUUAUUAUGAUAAGCUUUUCAAAGAAUAUUGCAUCGCUGACAUGUCACAUUAUAAGUCAGGCAAGAUUGGACUGAGGUGGAGGACUGAAAAAGAAGUUACAUCUGGCAAAGGGCAGUUUGUAUGUGGUAACAAACAUUGCAAUGAAGAAGAAGGUUUAACAAGCUAUGAGGUGAAUUUUGCUUAUUUUGAAGCUGGAGAAAAUAAACAAGCGCUCGUGAAAUUAGUAACUUGUGAGAGAUGUGCAAAGAAACUUGUUUAUAAAAAAAUGAAAGAAAAGGAAAAGGAAGAAUCAAAAAGAAGAGGAAAAGAAGAGCACAAAAAGAAAAGAGAAAGGGAUGAAAAUGAUGAUGAUACAAGCAAGGCUUAUGAGAGGGCCCAUGGGAAAAAGUUGUUAUUAACGUCGGCGGGUGAUGGUAAAGCUGAUGACGAGGAUAACUUCGAUGAAUUUCUUCAAGGAAUGUUCCCCUGAACAAUUGCAAUUCGUUGUAUUUUCAUGAAAUUAUUUCUAUCUGUAUAUUUUGGUAACAAUUUUUUUGUUUUAAAAAAGAUCAACUUCGGUUAAAUAGUUUUCUGUUUAUAUUUUAAGAGUAACUAGGUGUAUUUUUCCU